AUGUCUUUCACCUUCAACUGGCCUCGUUUCUCGGACCAGUUUCAUUACGAUGCGAUUCAAAUGCUCAACAAUGCGCUCAACAAAGGAAACAAACCGCCGGUCAUAGCAGAUAAGAUCGAGGUGGUAGAACUGGAAAUGGGUACUAAACCUCCAGACCUGGAAGUCCGUGAGAUAGGCGAACUUACUGUGGAUCAGUUUCGUGGAAUUUUUCGCCUUUCGUAUGACGGGGAUGCACAUAUCGUGCUCAAAACAAAAGUGCAGGCGAAUCCCUUGAACCAUAAACAGCCUGAUAUCCACAUAAUGGCUGGUACAAAAGGCAUGCUUGCUGCCAGGCAGCCACUCGUAGUUCCUAUGCUUCUCCGCCUGUCACAUUUCAAGUUACGGUCUAUCAUAGUUCUCGUAGUAUCGAAGCAGAAAGGAAUCACCCUUGUGUUCAAAACCGAUCCUUUACAAAAUGUCGAUAUUAACAGCACAUUUGAUUCAAUAGCAGUCAUACAAAAAUUUAUCCAACGCGAGAUCGAAGGACAGCUGAGGCAGAUGUUCAGAGAAGAUCUUCCUGGCAUCAUUCACCGACUUAGCCAGCAAUGGAUCAAAGCCAAAGUUGAAGCUCCUUAUAUAUCUAAACGACCAUCCGCACCUCCCGCACCCCCUGCGCCUUCGCCGAUACUUAAUUCUUCACCGAUUCCUGCUCCACUUUCUUUUGACAAUGUUGCAGGCUUGUCCUCUCAUCAUACUAUGCCUUAUACUCGUGUUCCGCAUUCGACAAGGGCUAGCAGCGUACAUCGUUCGCGGUCGACAUAUUCGGGUGUAACCGGAACUACGCGUCGUCCCGUUACUCGAAAAAAUACCACACCACCUUCCCCACCUGACGACAUGCAGAGCACGUUUCCAGAUCUUGAAAAUUACGAUCCAACUUACGGGUUGCGACCUGAAGGUCUUCCAACCAAAAGUGUCUUCAAGGGAUUCCAAAAUCUCUUCACCCCCAAUCGAGGCCUUGCAGAUCUCACUGAAGACCCCAGCGAACCUGAUACUGAUAGCGAACCUCCUUAUGACCAUGAACACGAAGAUUCUACUACGUAUGACAUGGUCGACUGGGAUGGUGUACCAGGGCUUGCUAGUCCAGGCAGUCAGUCAGAUUUCACAUACACUCCGGAAGAUCAUGGCAUGGAGUACGAAACGAUUCCUGCCGUUGGUGGUGGUAGUGUCAUUCGCCCACGGGUGGUGCAUUCGCAAUCCAUGAUUCAGGAUGCUGCUCCUCAGAGUCCAUCACCUGCGUCAAGACGUAUGGGUCGGCGUCCAACGGAUUCUGCUUUUUCUCCAUUACGUGCCGGGAUGGUCUUGAGUCCGUCGAGCGCGCGUCUGCCUGGUUACAACCCAUAUUUUUCUGAUUCAGCCACAGGCCUUGCCUCUGCCAGUUCUUCCAAGAGUGUCAACUCAGCAUUCUCCCUCCGCAGCGCUCCUCCCUUCCUACCUCGACCCCAUUUUGGUAGAUCAAUCACACCGGAUAGUCUCGAAACACCCCCAUCAUAUUCUACUGAAGAUAAUACACAAUCAUUACUUACACCGCCCGAAAAAGACUCAGUCCCGAUUUCAUUUACCGCUUCUCCUUCUCCUUCUCGACGACCUUCUGUUUCUUCCAAUCCAAACAAUUUCUUUCCCAGUUCCCCGACAAACCACAACACUUUAUAUGACAUGGAAGACGAAACGCCAAAGAUCGUUCUCCGUCCAUCCCCUUUGAAUAAUACACUACACCAACUGUCCACUCUUAGCCAUUCUAACCACACGCUAUCCCCAUACACCCGUUCACUUGAACAUUUUACAGUACGCAGCGUUCCACCACGCUAUGCUGGAGGUAAUUUUGGUCCUUCCUCAAGCAUAGAUCGCCAGCCGGUCAAAGCAAAACGAAAAAGAACCUAUCAUCUGGGUGGUCAGAAGGCCAAUUCAUCGAUGUCCUUACCUUUACCAUCACAAGUGCCAUCUGGUCCUUCCGACGACCGGAAUCUGUAUCCUCCUGCUAUGGAACCGAACGGUGUACCCGAAUCGGACAUCGACGUAUCGGACAUGGACCGUUAUUUUCCCGUGAAUGACGUCGAUCAGAAAAAUCAAAAUUCGCUCCCCCCGUCGUCUGGAGUUGGUCUCGAUCCUUUCAGCCCUCCAAACAUUCAUCCCCAUCAUUUUCGGUUACGGUCUUCAUACGUCCAUCCAGAAUAA